AUGCCGGGCCGUUUGAUUCCCAACCUGAUCCGGAAUGCGGCUUCACUACACUCCUCCGUAUCAUCGACUCCCAUUCACUCUAACUCCUCCUCAACCGUUUCUGUCAAUGAAAUCCCCGGAGCGAAGAAGCCAGUCCACAACCAUUCAGACCGCGCACGAUCCCCUGAGCGUCGCCUAUCCUUCUCAAUGGACCACUUGAUUCACCCUCUCCGAGAUCACAGCAAGGACAAGCGCCGCAGCCUUGGACGUUCAGGACGGUCCAAGGAGCGUUCUGGUCAUGAAGUACCGCAAGCAGCCGCAAAGCUGGAAGUCAAGAUUGAGUCACCACCAUUGGUCUGCUACGGUCCUCCAAACAAUUCGACAGGUGCCCUGUUCUCUGGCCGUUUGCGUGUCAUUGUCCCCGAAGUGACAGAUGGAGUGACCAUGAGCCAAUUUGACGUCCGGCUCAUCUCCAAGACGAGCACUAAGAAGCCCGUCUCGACUCACUGCUCUAAUUGUGCCACUCGCACUGAGGAGCUGACCCAAUGGAACUUCAUUACUGAGGAUCUCCACCUUGAGAGUGGAGAGCAUGACUUCCCUUUCAGCUACCUGUUCCCUGGCCACAUUCCUGCCUCUUGCAAUGGUGCACUUGGUCAGGUUGAAUACUUCCUGAUGGCACAUGCCCAGAGUGUUACUGGAGAAGAAUUUUCCCUCAAGCUGCCUCUGGAGAUUCGUCGCUCUCUCAUCCAGGGCAACGACAAGUCCUCCAUUCGCAUCUUCCCUCCCACCAACCUUACUGGCCGCAUUGUUUUACCUUCCGUCGUUCACCCUAUUGGCAGGUUCCCCGUUGAAAUGACCUUGAGUGGAGUGGUCGACAAGGGCGAAGAGACCCAAACCCGCUGGCGUCUACGAAAGAUGAUGUGGCGUAUUGAGGAGCACCAGAAGAUCGUUUCAACCGCUUGCCAGAAGCACGCCCACAAGAUUGGCGGCGAGGGCAAGGGUGUUCUGCACCAGGAAACUCGCAUCAUUGGCCACAACGAAGAGAAGACUGGCUGGAAGACCGACUUCGACACCGCUGGUGGUGAAAUCACCAUGAACUUCGAGGCAAACAUCAACCCUGCUGCCAAUGCCGUGUGCGACAUGGAGGCCCCUGGCGGCUUAGAAGUCAAGCACAACCUUGUUAUCGAGCUCAUUGUGGCCGAGGAGUUCUGCCCCAACCGCAACACUCGCCUAAUUACCCCUACUGGUGCUGCUCGUGUCCUGCGCAUGCAGUUCCACCUCCACGUCACCGAGCGUGCUGGUCUUGGUAUUAGCUGGGACGAGGAGAUGCCUCCUGUUUACGAGGAUGUUCCUGCUAGCCCUCCUAGCUACAAGCCCGAUAAUGCUCAAACUUAUAUCGAAGAUUACCACGGCUCCCCUCUCCCGCUUCCCGAUUACGAGGAUCUGGAGCGAAUGGACUCUUUGCGACUGGAUAGUGAUUCCACCCACUCUUCCAACCGAUCUACUCGCAGCUCUUCUCGCCAGAUGCGCUUCACUCAAGACGAUCUUGUCACUGGACACUCACCGGCUAUCUCUCCUCUCCCCUCGCGCACCCCCUCUCGCGCUCCUUCGACUGAUUCCUCCCGUCAAUAA